UGUUUAUUGUGUUUAUUGUUAAUACAUAGUUAUGUACCUAGGUUAGGGUAUUGCUGUACAAUUCAAUGAUGUUCUUUGCAUGUGCAUCUCAGUGCAAAUGUUAACCUUAUGAUUGAUUAUAUUUACAUAGUACAUACAUCUACACCUUCACUUAUCUGUGACUCCCUUUGCUGUUUACUGUACAGCAUCCAAUUGUGCAUACGAAAGGAAAAGAGAGUUAGGUACCUACCUACCUACCUAGGUAUUCAACAAGAAUACCGCUUUUCUGAUAGAUCUAAAGACACUAUCUACGCCUUCCUGCUUUCCUGCUACCUAUACCGGUGCCAUUGUCGCAGGAAUUGGAAUCAAAGUGGCGCGCAUAUCAACAUCCACUCACCUUACCUCACAUCCAGAUGAUUCAAUAACAUACGCUUCGCCGGCAUACCAUUGCUUACCUGCCUUGCGUGUGUGCAAGGACGAUUCGGGCGUUACGUGAAAACACCUACAUACCUCAACCCUAAGCACUGUUCGCUCUUGAACUCCUAUCUCUCACCUGAAAAUGCCAACUCUUGCUCUUACAAACUUCAACAUUGUUGUUGGUUUAUUGGGAGGAUGGAUCUCCCUCUUUGGCUUGGUCUCCUAUCUACUAAAGGAGUCGCUCUAUCUCUCCGAGGCUCUCAUAUCUCUUCUAGCUGGUCUUGUCUUCUCACCCCACGCAACUAAUUUUAUCCGCCCUCUUGACUAUGCCGGCUCGGAAGAAAACUUAGAUGCGAUUACAUUAUACUUCACUCGUCUCGUCCUAGGAGUCCAGUUGGUUCUCGCUGGCGUCCAGCUACCAAGUCGCUAUUUGAGGAAAGAAUGGAAGCCUUUGGCCUUGCUCUUAGGGCCGGUGAUGACGAUGAUGUGGCUUGUAACAAGCCUUCUCGUCUGGGGCCUUGUACCAAAGCUGCCCUUCCUCCACGCCCUUGCUAUCGCUGCUUGUGUCACACCUACGGAUCCAGUGUUGUCUAACGUCAUUGUUAAGGGGAGGUUUGCUGAUCAUAACAUCCCCAAGGAUCUUCAAAAGAUAAUCAUCGCAGAAUCUGGAGCUAACGAUGGCCUCGGCUACCCCUUCCUGUUCUUUGCAUUAUACCUCAUCAAGUAUAUUGGCGAUGGCGGAGUCAGCGAAUCGGGGGGCGCUGGCCUUGCCAUAGGACUGUGGUUCGGCGAGACCUGGGGAUAUGUUGUUAUCCUUAGUGUGGUAUACGGCGCGGUCACAGGUUGGAUAGCCAAGGAGCUUCUCCAUUUCUGCGAGGAACGCAAGUUUGUGGAUCGCGAGAGUUUCCUUGUCUUUGCUCUAUCGCUCGCGCUCUUCAUUGUCGGUACCUGUGGUAUGAUUGGUAGCGACGAUAUCUUGGCUUGCUUUAUCGCUGGCAACGUCUUCACUUGGGAUGAUUGGUUUCGCCUUGAGACACUUGAUGACUCACUACAACCGACCAUUGAUAUGCUCCUCAACGUGGUUAUGUUCAUGUGGUAUGGUGCUGUUUGUCCGUGGCAUAGCUUUGUCGCGAAUAGUGUCAUUCCUAUUUAUCGGUUGAUAGCUCUGGGGAUAUUAAUAUUGCUUCUUCGACGUCUUCCCAUUAUUCUGGCAUUCCGUAAGGUAAUACCACAAAUAGACGGUCUACAGCGAGCAAUCUUCACAGGAUUCUUUGGUCCAAUUGGCUGCUCGGCCAUUUUCUAUCUUUACGUCACAUUGGAAUUCAUCACUACGCUGAAUCCCAAUCAUGGGGAUACGCCGAGGCCAGAUGUAGCUAAUCUCAAGGAAGCUGUUUCGGUUCUGGUUUGGUUUAUGGUAAUCUGCAGUGUUGUUGUCCAUGGGCUUAGUAUCCCCUUGGGUAAGUUUGGGAUCUAUCUUCCCCGUACCAUAUCAAGGUCCUUAUCCUCUCCCGGGGAUGCGAUAUCUUCACAGUUAAGAGGGCGAGUGAUUCCACGAACCAACUCUGGGGGUGAUACGGUAGCCAAUACCCCUAAUGAGUCGCGCUCUACGUCUGCGCGGCCCGUUUUUCGGAUAGGCGGUUCCGUUAUCCCACGACAUGCAGCAACGAGGAGUCCUACUUUUCGAUUAUCAAUCUCUAGCGAGGUAGGUGACCCCCGAGGCAAUCGUGAACUGAGCCCUCGGCCUUCAGAACCGGACACAAAGCCAUUCACCAACGUUAACCCGUCGAGUUACCCCGGCCGGACCAUUCGGUUUCCCGACGAACAGCCGGAUAGCGAAGCGUCCCACCAACCCGAAAGAGAGGUGCUAUCACCGAGUUUUGAAUGAUUUGUCAUGCUAUGCCAAACAUUUCCUGGGCAUUUCUUUUUAUUGCUACUCAUGCUUUGCUAGAGUUCGGCAUAGAUAGAUGCUC